CUCCCGCCCCCCUCCCGAUGUUCUCAGAGCCCCCCGGUUCCCCCCCGGCCCCUCCCGCCCUCUCCUCCGAUUCCCCGCCCCAGAUGUGGCCCCGCCGCCGCCAGAUGUGCGAAUGGGGAGAGUGGAGCGGGGCUCCCUCUGUGCGCUUCCACCGCCCCCAGCACAGCGUCCCCCCGCCCCGCCCGCCCCCCCCCCCCCCCACCCCUCCCCGGCCCGGGAUGGAGCCCGGAGCCCCCACGGAGCCGCGCUGCCGCCUGGAGCCGUGGCAGCACUACGAGCCCGGUCCGGCGGUCCUCUGCGCCCUCGGCUGCGUCCUCGGCCUCCUCUAUGGCUGCGUUGGCCAUCGUUGCUUCAAGGCCAUCAUGUUCACCUCGGGGCUGCUCCUGGGGUCCGGCACCAUCUUCCUUCUGUGCUACAAGGAGCGCGUGUUGGAGACACGGCUGAGCCUGGAGGUGAGCGCAGGCAUCGCUUUGGCCAUCGGCGCGCUCUGCGGGUUGGUCACCGCUCUGCUGCGCAGCGUCGGGCUCUUCUCCACUGGGCUGCUGCUGGGGCUGCUGCUGGCUGUGGCCGUGCUGGCAGCUGCUGCCCCUCUGGUGCCACCGCUGAGCCCGUGGGUGCUGGUGGGUGUCCUGCUGGGCCCGGCGCUGCUCUGCGCCCUGCUGGCCCUGCGUUGGCCCAAAGCGUUGACCACGUUGGCCACUGCUGUCCUCGGUGCUGCCGUGGUGGCGGUGUGCGUGGAUUAUUUCGUGGAGGUGUUUGGUUUGGUGCUCCACGUCUCCGAGCGGCUGAGGAUGGAGGCGGUGGGGCAGCUCUGCUGGUACAGCUGGGUCGUGUUGGGGGUAUGGCCGGCGCUCAGCCUGCUUGGAGUCCUGCUGCAGCAACGGAAGCCAAAUGCCAGCAGAACUGAACCCCCUCCGAGUGCAGCCACCGCCACCAGCCUGCCCCAGUGACACACUGCGUGUGCGACGUGUUGGCCUUGAGCUACUUCCAGAGCUUGUGGGACCUUCAGCUGGAGAGUGCAGCCCCCCCCAGACCCUGCUGGGACCCCCACUGAUGGCUGUGGCUCCACUGUGUCCUUCGCCACCCCAGUGCCUUGAGGCCACCCCUGAGAGGCCCCUGUGCCCCCCACCUGCUGUGCCUUGGGGUGCUGUCCCCCCCCCCCCCCACGCCUGCCACUUUAAGUAGGCAAAUGACAGGGGGUCCUCGUGGGGUAAAUGGGAGCUCCUGCCCCACAAGCAGCCCCACACCCACUGCAAUCCCUGCUCCCUGUCAGCUCCAGAGAGGUUCAGCUCCACUCCCCCUUCAGAGAAGACCUCAUAAAAAAUAACACCCCGUGGUUAUCUUUGUAGGACGUACCCAAAUGCUGUGCACGCACUGCAGGCUCAGGACCUGAGCCAUAAUGUUCUGAAUGCCUCCAGCUGCCCUCAGCUCCUCACUCUGACCCCCAGGCCCCCUAUACCUCUGUUCCUGACCACAUGGGCUGUCCGUUCCUGCAUCCCCCAAACCAUCAACACCCCCAUCUACGACCCCUGAGCUCCCCAGACCCCCACACCCCCUCCUCCAGCGACGCACAGAAUCCCCCAAACCCUUUAUGUCCCCAUCACUCCCAUCUCAAACUGCCAAGCUCCAUCCCCACGCACCGACCCUGGGACCAACCACAGCACUCCCUGCUCAGCCCCAUGCAGGAUGAACCCAAACGUGGUCCCAUCCCCCAGCAGAGCCCAACGCAGGGUUGGGGCACAACAAGCACUGUCCCAUACGCUGUCCCUCCCCAUGGGCAGUAGGACAUGGGCUGGUGCCAAGCCAGAGCGUGGGGCCACUCAGAAAAUGGGGCACAAGAGGGGGGCCAACACUCCAACGCUGCCUCACAGGACACAAAGGCAGCUGUGUCCAACACACAGCCCCGACAGUGACACUGAUGUUGGCACGGCUGCAGCUGGGCGGGCCGAGGGGGUUGGGGACUGUGGGAGGAUCCCAGCGCUGUCCUCAGCAGGGAAAGGCAGAGCUGAGCUCAUGCCACGGGGUCACUACUGCCAUUUUAUUCUUGCAUCUUUAAAAAGAAAAGGAAGAGGACGACAGGCCGUAACACAGAAUGCGAGGGGCUGGGGAAGAAGUCAAGGAAGAGCUGCUGCCCCUGCCCCACCCGCAGCACCAGCCCUGCCCCGGGCCUUCCCCCCCCUCCCACCCCCACCCAAAUAAACUUUAAAAAGGACAGAGGUAUCUGAGAGUUGCUGACUUUCUAACACCGAUAGCUGGGGGGGGGGGGGGGGGGGGGGGGGAGGG